AUGAGCAAACCCUCAAAAAUCGGUGUUGGCAUUAUCGGCACAGGGCGCAUCGGUAAACUUCACAUUGAACACCUCGCUCAGAACAUCCCCGAAGCUGAACUGAUUGCGAUUUGCGGUUUGGACCCCGCCGAUAUUGAAUCUCUCGCAGAACAGUUUAAUGUCCCGAAAACAACCAACGAUUAUACGGUGCUUUUGGCUGACCCGCAGAUUGAGGCAGUAUUAGUGGCAUCUGCUACCGAUACACAUGUCGAAAUCAGCCAAGCUGCCGCCCGAGCUGGAAAACACGUCUUUUGUGAGAAACCGAUCUCCCUGGACUUGGGACAGAUUGAUGAAACUUUGGCGAUUGUCGAGAAAGCAGGGGUUAAGUUUCAGGUCGGUUUUAAUCGUCGGUUUGAUGCGGGUUUCAUGCGGAUCCGCGAAGGGAUCGCUUCUGGGGAGAUUGGCGAGCCGCACAUCAUGCGGAUCACGAGCCGGGAUCCGGCACCACCGCCGAUUGAAUAUGUCAAAGUCUCCGGCGGGAUUUUCCUUGACAUGACGAUCCACGAUUUCGAUAUGGCACGCUAUCUCAUCGGGGACGAGGUUGUUGAGGUUUAUGCAGCAGGCGGUGUGCGCGUUGACCCGCAAAUCGGCGAGGCGGGAGACAUUGACACCGCUGUUAUCACUUUACGGUUCCGAAAUGGAGUUAUCGCAACCAUUGAUAACAGCAGAGAGGCUGUCUAUGGUUACGACCAACGUGUUGAGGUUUUUGGAUCAAAGGGCAUGGUUGCGGCAGGGAAUCUGCUGACAGAUACUGUUACUUUUAGCGGUAGUGAAGGAACCCGCGCUGCGUCCCCUCCGUAUUUCUUUGUGGAACGCUACAGACCGGCAUAUCUUUCAGAGUUGCGAGCGUUUUUUGCGUGCAUUCAGAAAGACACCCCGCCGCCAGUUACAGGUGAGGAUGGGCGCGCACCCGUUGUGAUGGGCUUCGCCGCGUUGAAGUCGCUUCGCGAGAAUCGUCCUGUCCUUUUGUCAGAAAUUCAGCCGUAA